AUGCACAGUACGGCGGUUCUGUUUCUCUGUUCUCUGGCAUUAGUCACCGGUCAGAACCUGAAGUGUUACUCGUGUGAAGGUAAAUGUGACUGUAGACAGCCAAGGGAAGAGCUGUGCCCGGUUACAACCUUCUGCUACACUUUGAGGAGUUUGGCGGAUCGAAAAGGUAUUGUUGUGCUUAUCAAUUAAGUAUAUGGUGAUAAUAUUAAUAUUUACUUGUUUAUUUGGGUGUUCGAUCCUACUGAUUGCAAUACAUUUGAUCGUUCGAUUACUAUUAGAGUGGUAAUGUAUUAUGGUAUAGAAAGUAGUUAAUUACCAACUUGAAAACCAGAGAUUCUUAGUUUUGAUUGACAGUUCUUUUGGUAUGUCACGAUGGCUUACUCAGUCUUGUAAACUGUACGUUUUAGUGGUACAAAGAGGUUGUACGACCAACUGUAAGAACGUUAAUAUCUUUGACAAUGUCUGUGCGAUGUGUCGUGGAAGCUUUUGUAACAUGGAGCCUACUGACGGUAAGUGAAACGUUACAUUACUCUGUUAUAAUUUUUGUUACAGUAUGACGUUACUUCUUGUAAAGUUUUAAAAGUAUUAGAUGCCGACAUAAAGAAUCCGCCAUACUUUUCCUGUAAUUUCUUAUAAAAAUGGCGGGUUUUUUUGUCGGCACCUAAUAAUACCUUCUUUGUUACAGAGUUUGUGCAGUACUCCCAAAACGAUGACUGUGUAGAGUACGAUAGACAAAAGUCAAGCCAAGGUACGCUAACUACUCCUGGAUUCACGAAUGGAGUACGAAGUGGAGACUUGACGCAGGAGAUGCUACGUCAAGGUCCAGAAGAGAUGGUAGCCUUCAACAAUAAUCACGGAAGACAGAACCUUGAAGGUCAAUCAGGUAUUGGCAACGGAGCAGGAUUAAAUGGCAGACAAGAUAUUGGGGGUGGAUCGAGUAUCAACAAUGGGGCUGACAUUGGCAACGGAGCAGGUGUUCAUCCAAACCCAAAUGUAGGUAACGGUGCUCAAUAUGACAACAGGAACUCGAGAUCAGAAGACGUGGGAGGUGGAGCGGCUCUGAAUCCACGGAACGAUGCCAUUCUGAAUAGACAAACAGAAAUUGGAAACGGAGGUAAUUUGAAUAAUGGUUAUGGCCUUUUGAACUAUAACAAUGACAUUGGCAACGGGGGACAAGUAGGACAAGGUGGUGCUAUCGGGACUGGAGUGCAAGUUAACACUCCUGGUUAUGGUCCAGCACCUUCUGUGUUCGACGAGCAAAACAGGUAUGAUAAAGCUAUUUUUAUUGUUAAAAUAUUUUAACUUGAUAAUAACUAUACUUUAUAUUACUUUUUGUAGUAUAAUAUAUUUGGUACAAAUUUCAGUAAGGUCGAUAUAUCUUAGAAAUAUUGCUUAAAAAUAAUUCUUAUGUUAUUUUUAGUUCAAUCAGCGUAUCUUCAGCCUUCACAACAAUUUUUACUUUUAUUGUUUGUAAAUUGGUAUUAUGA